UCAUUAUGUUGCAAAGGGGAGUGACGCAGUUAUUGUAGAUCCGUACUCCAUGCCUUUUUUUCUUAUGACCUAAAAUUUUGUUUUCCAUUUUUAUCAUUAAAUUCAUAUUUCCUCGCAAAAAAAGAAAAAGAAAAACUCGAAGAGGAGGUAUUCCCGCCGUCAUCCGGAGGCUGUAUGCCGGAGCACUGCGGCCGCUGAAUUCGGAUGCCAUUCCGGUUGGAGGAGGUUGCGGUGGACCCCGAGGACUGGAUGUGAGAACCAGAACCGAAACAUGCCGCAGCCCAAGUCACGAAAAAUCGCCAUCCUCGGGUACAGAUCCGUAGCAUUUACUAAAAUGAUCACAAUAAACGGACAAGAGUACCACCUUCAGCUUGUAGACACAGCAGGCCAGGACGAGUACUCCAUCUUCCCACAGACUUACUCCAUAGAUAUCAAUGGUUACAUCCUGGUCUAUUCUGUUACGUCUAAUAAAAGCUUUGAAGUUGUUCAAGUUAUCCAUGAAAAACUGCUGGACAUGGUUGGAAAGGUCCAAGUUCCAAUUAUGCUCGUCGGAAACAAGAAUGACCUACAUAUGGAGCGAGUAAUCAGCUGUGAAGAAGGAAAAGCAUUAGCUGAAUCCUGGAACGCAGCCUUCAUGGAGUCCUCAGCUAAAGAGAACCAGACGGCAGUGGAGGUUUUCCGAAGGAUGAUCCUGGAGGCAGAGAAGAUGGAUGGCGGCGUGCAGCCGGGAAAAACCUCCUGCUCCGUGAUGUAGAGCCGCCCAAUCAACACACAGGACACUGCACUGGGAAAUCCCGUUACUUGAAGGCUAGCCGCCAGUUCUUCUCCACCUCAGCCGACUCCACCCACCCUCCCCCUUCCCUCCCCUCCAGGGUCCUAAAUAUCCAACACUGUCUAUUUAUGGCUCUGAUUCCACUCUUAUUUAUCAGUAUUUCCCAUUCCCUUCUCCCAUUCUCGUUUUUCUUUGUACGUUUGAUUUGAAAAAAUAAAAAAUGGAUGCGUGGUGAUUCCGUUGUCUUAUAUCUCCCUCAGCCCAUGUCUCCAUCUCUGUGCUCAGCACUGAUGCAAAACAUUAAACAGCCCUCAUGGAUGGAUCAGGAAAAAAAUGGAUGCCUGUCACAGAGAUAUUAGUGGUUCGAUGCAUCUUUGCUUUUUGGUGCAGUUUCCGUGUUGGUUACAUUUCCUCCUCUGUCUGAAGAAUACAAGAUGAGAGAUUUGUUGUGUGCCAUGCAUUUGAAAACGAAGUGAACACGGAUGUUUGUUUUUUUCUGAUACAUCCACAGCUAUUUGGGCCUCUUUUCUACUUCAUCACCUCACAGUUCCAACUUCUCUGUCCUUCAGUUUGUUUCUUAUUGGUUACUGUCAGUCAAACAAAAACCUGCAUCCAUUUUCUAAUGUUACAAAUGUUGUACAAAUGUUUUUGAUUGUAAUCAUUAAAGCAAAAAGUGGUUAUGUAAGCA